GACUUGCGACGUGCGACGUGCGACGCGCUCCCAGCCCACCAUUGCCCGCUAUUCUUGCGCACGAUGCACCUUGCGCCUACAAAGCAUCUUCCCUGACGCGUCGCCGCCGCAAAAUAAGCCCCAGCCACCAUCUCGUCGCAACGCCCGCGCAGUCGCGACUCCGUUAUGGCGAACGCAACACAGCCGUGGCUCGAGGAUCUCUCCGAGGAAUGGAUAGCGCUGCCCACGUCACGCGACUCAGGCGACCCAAGCGACCAAGACACGCACGAUGAUUCUCAGAUCCAGACACAGAGCGUCCCCCCGAAGCUGCGCAGUCGCAUCCCGCGCAUGCGGCGGUCGUCGGGCGCCUGCUCGGAGGUCCACGUCCGCCCUAUUACACGCGACUUGCGACCCAAACCCAGGAACGCCCUCGCUGAACGCAGCCUCAGCGAGAACAACCUGUCCCCACAACAAUCGCCAGACGUCUCUCGCCUCUCGCCCUCGCGCUCCGCCUCAUACUCGUUCGCGUCCGAGUCGCAAGGCUCCGUCAUCUAUGGCACCGUCGCCCGCAACACCGUCGCCCGGUCGCCCGUCAAGGACAAUGGCUCCAACGAUACCCCAGAGUGGAGGCGACGACUGGUCAUGGGUGACGUGGGCUACGGCAACCAGACGGACCUCUUUGGUCCCACAGGCCUGGAGAACAUCUUCCAGAAGCCGGCUGGAAGCACCUCGGACGCCCUGCCACAAUCGAAGCGCAAACUCGGUCUACUCAAGGGCCUAGCCGCCAUGCCCUCGAGUCCUCCGCCAUGGCCAGCAGCCACGCAAGACAAUUCCCACCAGCAACACGACGACUCCCAUCAGCAACACGACGACUCCCACCAGCAACACGACGAUUCCUACCAGCAACACGACGAUUCUCACCAGCAACACGACCCAGAACCAGCAACAAAAGACUCCCAGCAUUCUCGACAGGACUCUCCACAGAGCGAACCGGCGCAGAGUGACCCGGCACAAGGGCACGAGGACUCGCUUUCCACGCUUGCGCCAAGACACUCUGACCAGGAACCUCCACGGACAGUGAGCGGUCAGAUUGAGUAUGAGAACGAGAACUUCAGCCCGGUAUUCCUAAACACCAAUCUUGACGUUGGCGACGUCUCGACCACGACGCCAAACUUCAGAGGAUCGGAACUUGCGAAUCGUUUGCGACAGAUUGGAUCGCCCCUGGCCAGCCAGUACCAGUCUCCGCAAGAAGACAGCGCAUUGAGCCAAAUUCGAGAAGACUCGGAUUUCACCAGGCUUCAUGAUGAUUCACUACCGGAGGGCCUCCCAGCCGGCACUCCUGAUAUAGCAGACGUUGGUCGCUAUGUAGAACUUCGGAGAGGCGGCUACUCACGUGAGGGAUCUUUCCGCACACGACCACUCAGCCCGUCUCCAGAGAGAAGAGCAGCAUCACACACGCCAACUGCCAACAACGCUGCAAGAGAUAGCAACAACCAUAUCCGACGAAACACUGGCAAUAAUGUUACCCCACCUGACGCAAUUUCCGUUUCCAUUCCCAUUUCCAAUCCCAAGACUCCUCAUCGACAGGCUAACCAGUAUCUGAGUCCGGAACGAGCGAACAACCCACGAAGUCCUCUCAAGCUCUUUGACGCGCACGACACGUUCACAAGCAACAGGUUACAAAGACGGCUUAGUCAGCUCGAAUACAAGCCUGACUUCUCGUCAAGCAGCGCCCAGGGGAGUAAGACUGAAUCGACGAAACCAGUGAAGAAGACGUCGAGACUUACGUCAGUCGAGGAGCUCAGUAUGCUGAACAGUGGCCUGAGUCCUGUCCCCAAGGAUGCACACCCAUCGCCACGCAGAGUAGGGACGUUUGGAGAGGGUGAACUUAACAAGUACAGGUUUUCUGGCGAAUUUUCUGUUCUCACCUCGGACGGUUCAGAUGACGAUGAGAGCUUUCCAGAUGGAUCGCCGUCGACGGACGUUGCACCACCUGGUAGUCGUCAGCCUUUUAGGUUUCACGUCGAAGAGUCACCUGUUUCGCGAGAACCCUCUAAGACUAACAGACAAAGCUCAGUCCGUGUAUCCAACCCGUUCAGAACCGUAAGCCGCUCCAAAUCACAAUCGCAUCGGGCAAUAUCGCCAGCCCACAACAAGGAAAACUUGAAGGUCCAGCACGAGUACGCAGAGGGGAAAAGAGGCCCAACAUCGCCCUUCAAGAACCCCACACCCAAGCGCAGACGAACAAUCCACUCAGUUGAUAGCGAAGAGGAGGAGGAUCAAGAGGAAGAGGAGGUUUUUGGCAAUCUUGGAGAGAAGACUGCAGAUGCUUCACCCGUAGCGAUGCAGGCAGUGAUAGGAAGAAAACGACAGAACGUCCGCGAUGGUUACUCUGACCAUGUGGCAGAUCCUGAUAUUCUGGCUCGAAGACACCAGUUGAGGCCUCGGAACCCCACUCCCAGCCAAAGACGACGGGACGAAAUCGAACAAGAAAUCAUGGAAGCUACAGAAGCCUUCAUUCAAUCCUCGCCAAAGUUGAACACUAUCCGUGAACAACUAGAACCUUCGGUAGAAUUCGAUGCUGAUUUCGAACAAGCUCGGGCAACUGCUGUCGCCAACAAAGUUGCCGCAUUCAGUAUGAGAAGGAACCAGGCGACGCGAAAUGAAACACGCAAACGAUCUGUGACAACCCAGGACUUUCUGGACGAAGCAGUCGCGAUUAUGAACUUCAUUCGAGCCAAAGGUCGACCGAUCGGCGGUCUGAAAAGUCUUGAAGAAAUGGAACCUGAGUCCGAGGUUCUGGAAGAUGAAGAAGAAGAAGAACAUCUCUCAAGUUCAUUAUCCUUUGAGAGACCCCCGAGCCGCGAAGGCUACAAUUUAUCAGCAUCUGGGUGGAAGCAGCCAAACAACCGUCAGCUAGAUCCGAAUGUCGUGGACCAUCUGCGCAAGUAUGAGGAAAGAGAGACAGAGACGUUCCUUAACUCUUCCGUCAACUCCAUCCGCUUCUCGCAAAUGAGACGACCAGUGCCACUUGAAGAAGACAGCGAAGUAGCCGAACAAGACGACAGCCGUACGAUAGACAAUCCAAACAGAUCGACUGACACGGAUGACGUCGAAGACGAACGACCUACGACAAGCGGCACACAUCGAUCGGCAGGAUCAUCGCUGGGGCAUACUAUCACCACAAACGCGUCUCGUCGAUCCGACCAAGUUGCGACUCUUGUACCUCAGGCAGUCGCACAUUUGAUCCCCCAGAAAAUUGCUGGCAUGAGUUUUGAUCGUGAGAAGAACAUCUGGACUCGUCACAGGGGGCCAUCGAAGGAACAUCUUCGCCGCCAAGAGGAUCACAGCGGUCUGAACGAUAGCGAGGACGAUCCGUUCGGAAACAUACCUGACCUAAGCGUGGAUGAUAUAGAGGAGCAAGAGAUCAAGACUACAUCGCCUGUCCGCCCACAGCCUAGCGCAGAAACGAUUUUGGAAGAGGAUGAAUUCCAAGAACAGCCACGACCAACCACACGAGACGGCAAGGGGGUUCUGUUCAACGACGUGAGCUCAGUCCCUUCAAAAGGAUCCAACUUUGCAGCAAGUUUCCCACAGACGGAGACGCGGGCAACAUCUUGGAGCACACAAGUCCCACGGAAAACAAGUACUCAGAAGCAGCCGAAGUCGCAGACCACGUAUGCUAUUCAGGAGUCAGACGAAGAUGAUAUCGAACACGAGAUCAAAUAUUUCGAAGGCCGUAACAAUGCCGCUCCGGGUGCCCCACACGGUCGAGUGCGGGACAUCACCAUUUCCAUUGCGGAGCGGGAGGUCCAAGACUCAGAUCGACAACCUGCGGGUACUCCACAGAGGUACGGCCAGGCUGAUUGGGGGUCUGUACGUCCUCAACCCGGGUCGCAAGCGAAGAAGUCGGCCUGGAAUCAGUUGAAGAGUACGCGGGCGCAGCCAGUCGCACGCUCAGCUCGACGGACAACCUUCCACGGUGAUGGCGACUUAUCGCUUCUAGACGACCAGCCUUCGAAGAACUACCGGAUGCAACUAUCAAUGAGCGUCUCUGCACCUGUUCUUAAUCAUCGUGAGCAUGACACACUGCUUGUCGCUCCGUCUUCUCCAGUCAAAGGAGACGUCACGUUCAUGCUGAGUGAUCUACCUGAUUUCACCAUCAACCAGAUCGACGAGCGUGAGCUUCCAGAUCGGGUUGUUGUGAAGCAUGACGGUACACGAUUUUCCAAAGCAUUAGAGGAUCGCUACGCGCAAGGAACCGCGGAGCUAGUGAAAGCAUUACAAGACGCUGAACCAGAUGAGCCUUACUGGGAAGACCUUCGCGAAGUAAAACUUGAUAACAAAGGCCUUAGCACCGUGCAUCGUCUUGACGAGAUGUGCUACCAGCUCGAAGAACUCGAUGUGUCGAACAACAACAUCAGUCAAGUCGAAGGCAUUCCUUACAGCUUACGCCGUUUGCAAGCACAACACAACGCUCUUACUGGGCUCACCUCCUGGGCAAGCCUGGGCAACUUGCAACAUCUUGACAUAUCCGGAAAUGACAUCGACAGUCUUGAUGGGCUCGCAGACCUGAUUCACCUUCGAGUACUGAAGGUGGGGAAUAACAAGAUCGAAUCCCUUGACUGUAUCUUGCACCUUGAUGGCCUGAUGGAGCUUAGCGCUGCAGGAAACCAGAUUGAAAGCGUGGACUUUGCACGAGCCAGCUUAAAAUCUCUUACAGACUUGGAUCUGAGGGAGAAUCAUCUCCUUGAAGUUCGGAACCUGCAUCGCCUUCCACAGCUCCAGCAUCUCAAUCUUGAUGACAACGAAAUCGAAGAGUUUCCCCUGUUCGAUCUGCCUGCUGAGCGAUGCGGCUCUUUACGUUCUAUCCGCCUGUGCAGAAAUGGAACAACACUCCUUGACGUCGACAGACACUUCCCUAGACUCGAGUCUCUAUAUGUCGAUGGAAACUCCCUGACACAUGUAUCCGGCCUAGAACACCUUCGAUACCUGCGUACUUUCUCAGCGAGGGAGCAGAUUUUGGAGACCGACUCAGAUGCAGAGACCUGCGUCAGCAACCUUGUCAGGAAUUCUGAUGUUCGCAAUCUCUACAUUUCACUUAAUCCCACUCGAGGUCUCGAAAUCUCGCAACAUCUACUGAAUCUUCAGCGACUGGAGUUGUCUUCUAUGGGCCUGAAGGAACUUCCCGCCGACUUUGGACAACUUACCCCAAACAUUCGCUCAAUCAAUCUUAACUUCAACUCUAUCAAGGAUCUUAGACCGCUCCUCAACAUCAAGCGACUGAAUGAGCUUUUGCUAGCCGGCAACAAACUCGAACGCCUUCGCGCGAAUGCACUAGUCUUGGGCAAACUUGCCACACUCUCCAAGCUCGACUGGCGAGACAAUCCACUCACUAUGCGCUUCUACGCUCCCGCAUGCGAAAACCGCGUCCUAUCACUCAGACAGAAGCCCUACGACGAGCAGUACACAGACCGCUUCGUGCUUCCAGCCGGAGAUGCCGAGGCAGACAGCCAAUAUCUUUCACGGCUGGACUACGAGACACGCAUUAGGCGUCGUGUUACCGAGAUGAUGCUUGCCAACCUCUGCAAGAAUCUACGAGAGCUCGAUGGUCAGACAUUCGACAAAGCGCGUGUCCUUGUCAAGGAUGAUGUCUGGGAGCGCUUGCUCUUCCUCGGCGUUCUGCAGCGCAAACAAUCAGAUGUUGGGAACGGCGAUAUGGAGUAACGGAACGAAGUUACGAAGCUACGAUGCCACGAAGUGAUGAAUCGUGCCAUUUUGCGAGGACUGGGGGCGCACAUUUCUCGGCUAGGAAUAGGAUUGCUUGUGUUGUGUACGGUUUGAGGUGCUUCGAGGUCCGUUUUGUGUUUGGCGUCACUCGGAGCUUUUUUGUAUCUGGCGGAGCAUUGGGUAUGGUCACUUUUUAGCGUGCACAUAAGCUUGAGGUGGGGCAUUAUUUUCGGACCCUUGUAUAAUAUCAUGAACUGU